UGACCGUUGACAGGGGUUGCUUUGAAACACUCCUUGAGUUGUCGUCAGCUGCGUUAAGUUGCCAUAUACCGGUUAUGAGCGUUGCUUGAUACCAAUAUAAACAGACGAAAGCUUCGUUCAUGUGCUGCGAAAUGACAAUAUUCAUAGUUUAGUUUAUCAUACUUAAUUAUUCUUUAAAGAAGCAAGUAAGCGGUCAUUAAAGGAUAUUGUUGAAGCGAUUUUGAGCUAAUGAAAGACUUAAAAUUGUGUUGAUGGUUGGUCUAUCGCAACAUUAGGAUUCAGAAAUGACGAAUACAGGGCCUAGCAAAGAUGAGUUUCCUGCAGAACUUAAAGACCGUGUUAAACUGUUCCACGAAAAAUUACUGGAACUGCGGGAGUGUCUGCAACCACUGCUGAGCAAAACGGGACUCGAACUCAAGGAGUCCUUGGAUACCUUGGACAAGGCGAAAUUCGAUCUGUCGAUCUGCUAUGGAAUGUCGUCUCUUCUAUGGGCCUACAUGCUUACCCAAGGAGAGGAUCCAAAGGAAACUUCGUUGAAAAUCGAACUAGAUCGUAUUCGCGAGUACAUGGGCCGAGUUAAGGAGAUCGAAGACCGUGACAAACGACCGCGAGUCGAAACCGGCGCAGCUAAACGCUUUGUUCGAAAUGCUUUGUAUCAACAACCUUCGGAUGAUCACCUGCCUGCAGCAAAGAAACGAAAAUUCUAAACCUAACGUGUAAUAUAUAGGAAUAAAUAUAUUUCAAUAUAAUAUGA